CAUUAGUUUAUGUUAUGGCAAAUUAGGGUUACAGUCGCAUGCAAUAAUUCAUCAAACUCUAACGGCCUUCGAACCAGACCCUGCAAUCUAGAGGAAAAAACCCGAAUUUCCUUCGGAUCUGACCUUGAUUAUUCGCAAGAAAGGAGUUUCUCCUUCAGGGCAUGAUCAAUAGUUCAUCGUCGAAAAAGCAAGGUCCGGAUCAGUCAGAGAUUACUGGGGCCGCCUUCAAAUCACAACGCACCAAAAUGGGCAAAAUCGAAGACGGUGAAAAGAAGAAGAGGCUCAAAGAUGUUGAAAUAAGUGUCCCUAUUGUCUACGGCAAUGCUGCAUUUUGGCUUGGUAAAAAGGCAAGCGAGUACCAAUCUCAUAAAUGGACAGUAUAUGUUCGUGGGGCAACAAAUGAGGAUCUUGGUGUGGUGAUAAAACGUGCCGUGUUUCAGCUGCAUUCAAGUUUCAAUAACCCCACAAGAGUUGUGGAAUCAGCACCAUUUGAGUUAUCAGAAUCAGGAUGGGGUGAAUUUGAGAUUGCCAUUACACUUUAUUUUCACAGUGAUGUUUGUGAGAAGCCAUUGAAUAUAUAUCAUCAUUUGAAGUUAUAUCCAGAGGAUGAAUCAGGCUCCAUGUCAACUAAGAAACCUGUUGUUGUGGAAUUCUAUGAUGAAAUUGUGUUCCCAGACCCUUCAGAGAAUUUUUUAGCUCGUGUGCAGAAUCAUCCAGCAGUUACAUUCCCCAGAUUACCUGCUGGUUUUACUUUGCCUCCUCCUGUACCAAUUGAAGAUGAAAGUAAAAGAAAGAGAGGUGACACUAAAGACAGUCCUCUGAGCCAGUGGUUUAUGAAUUUCUCUGAAGCAGAUGAGCUAUUACAACUUGCGGCUGCUCGUCAGCAGGUGCAAGCUCAUAUUGCAAAGCUCAGACGACAAAUCAGUGUGAUUGAUGGGCAGAAUCAACAGUUCAAAUCUACCUCCGACCAGUGAAUGCAUAUUGUUGCAUCAAACUUUUGGAGAUUUUACCUUCAAAUUGUUUUGCAACGAAAGCACUGAAUGACAGUUGUGCCAUGAUGACACGAGUCAUCUCUUCUUCGCUUUUUAAUUUUUCUUUCUUUCUUAUGUGUUUCUUUUUAUGGCACGUAGCCCUGUAUCAGAUAAUAAAACUAAAAAUGAAGCUGUAUCAUUUCAUUAAUAGAAAGGCAAUUUAAUCUUUUGGAAAAGACAAUUUUCUGUCAACGUCCAUGGCCCCUUUCUAAAGUGUCCCUCAAAGGAUUAUGAAGCAGACAUCAAUGUAGCCAAGGGCCUUCUAUGAUACUUCCGAUGAUCUGUACUUGAAUACGGAUUGUAAAUGGAAAAUUGGGUCAUCACCUCUUGCAUUGGCAUGGGUCCUGCAUGAGUUGUCCACGUCAUCUCAAUAUACUUCUCUUAUCGUUCUCAUCUUGGCUUUGCAAAUACCAGGUCUGGGAGCAUGGGUAACAUGGCCUCAUGUGCCAUACAAAAGGCAAGGUCGUUUUCAACCAUUAAAGAAAAAAUACCCUCAAAAUUAUAUCCACGGCACAGGACAGCACAACAUUUCGGUGGAAGAAAUGGUAGGCCAUUCU